AGAGAGAGAGAGACAGGGAGUCCCCCUCACCCCCUCCCCCGCCUUGCUUCCCCCUAGUGGCUGGCUGCUGUGUGCACAAUGACUCAAUGAGAAGCGAGCAGAGAGGAAAUAGGGGGCAGAGAGAGCUGAAGCAGACAAGUGUUACUGUGCAUCCACUUCUGAAGGAGGCAAAGCUCCUGCAUCACCUCUGGGGGAGCAGGGCAGUAAAGAGUGAGGAGGAUGCCUGUCGGGAGCAUGGAGAGGUCAAGAAGAUGCCGGCCGGUACUGCUGCUGCUGCUGGUCCCGGGUCGAGUGCCCCUGUGGACACUGAUGCACCUCCUGCUGGUGCUGUUGGCGGGCCGGGGGUGUGUGGAGGCAUGCCCGGCGCCAUGCAGCUGCCUGGGGAACACGGUGGACUGCCACGGCCUCGGGAUCCAUGCUGUGCCCAAGAACAUCCCAAGAGGAACAGAGAGGCUGGAUCUGAACGGGAACAACCUGACCAUCAUCACCAAGUUGGACCUGUCCGGGCUGAAACACCUGAGAGUGCUUCACCUGAUGGAGAAUCAGAUAAGGGAGGUGGAGCGAGGAGCUCUAGAUGAGCUGAAGGACCUGGAGCGACUCCGCCUCAACAAGAAUCGUCUCACACAAAUCCCAGAACUUCUGUUUCAGAAGAACGAAGCCUUGUCCCGACUCGACCUGAGUGAGAACUCCAUCCAGGCGAUUCCCAGGAGGGCCUUCAGAGGAGCCGCAGACCUCAAAAACCUUCAGCUGGACAAGAACCACAUCAGUUGCAUCGAGGAGGGAGCGUUCCGAGCCCUGCGCUCUCUGGAAGUACUGACGCUGAACAACAACAACAUCACCAGCAUCCCCGUCUCCAGUUUCAACCACAUGCCCAAACUUCGCACGUUUCGCCUCCACUCCAAUUCCCUGCGCUGUGACUGUCACCUGGCUUGGUUGUCGCCGUGGCUGCGUCAGCGUCCAGCGUUGGGGCUCUACACUCAAUGCAGCUCUCCCCCAGCCCUCAGGGGGCUCAACCUGGCCGAGCUGCGUAAGGGUGACCUGGCCUGCUCAGGCCAUUCCGGCAGCGCCUUCGUGCAGCCAUGCAGCCUGGCGUCCGGCUCUUGUCCGCCCAUGUGCUCGUGCAGCAACAACAUCGUGGACUGCAGGGGGCGGGGCCUCACCGCAAUCCCCGCCCACCUCCCAGAGGCCAUGACGGAGAUCCGUCUGGAGCAGAACGGCAUCAAAUCUGUUCCUCCAGGAGCCUUCGCUUCCUACAAGAAGCUCCGUCGAAUAGACCUGAGUAACAACCAAAUAUCUGAAAUGGCUCCUGAUGCUUUUCACGGCCUCAGAGCUCUCAACUCGCUGGUGUUGUAUGGCAAUAAGAUAACGGAGCUUCCCACCGGUGUGUUCGAUGGCCUCGCCUCUCUGGAGUUGCUGUUGUUGAACGCCAACAAGAUCCAUUGUAUCAGGGCGUCGGUGUUCAAAGACCUGGAGAACUUGGCGCUGCUGUCACUGUAUGACAACAAGAUCCAAAGUUUGGCCAAAGGAACGUUUCACUCUCUGCACAGCAUCCAGACACUCCACCUGGCCCAGAACCCGUUUGUGUGCGACUGUAAUGUCAAGUGGCUCUCGGACUUCCUGCGCUCCAACCCCAUCGAGACCAGCGGGGCCCGCUGUGCGAGCCCUCGCCGCCUCGCCAACAAACGCAUCGCACAGAUCAAAAGCAGCAAGUUCCGAUGCUCAGCCAAGGAGCAGUACCACAUCCCAGGUGCCGGGGACCGCCGUCUGAGCUCGGAGUGUAACAGCAAGCCGGUGUGUCCCAACAAGUGUCGCUGCGAGGCCAAUGUGGUCGACUGCUCCAACCUGAGACUCACCAAGUUCCCCGAGCAUCUGCCUCCAUCCACAGAGGAACUACGUCUCAACAACAAUGACCUCUCCGUGCUGGAGGCCACCGGCGCCUUCAAGGGCCUGUCGCAGCUCAAGAAAAUUAAUCUGAGCAACAACAAGAUUUCAGACAUCGAGGAUGGGGCGUUUGAUGGCGCCUCGUCAGUGACAGAACUUCAUCUCACCGCCAAUCACCUGGAGUCGGUGCGAGGGAGCAUGUUCCGAGGAAUGGAGGGACUCAGAAUGCUAAUGUUGAGGAACAACAAGAUCAGCUGUCUUCACAAUGGCAGCUUCACAGGACUGACCAACGUGCGUCUGUUGUCUCUCUACGACAACCAGCUCAGUGCCAUCUUGCCCGGGGCCUUUGAUACGCUGCCCAACCUCUCCACUCUGAACCUCCUGGCAAACCCUUUCAACUGCGACUGCCGUCUCUCCUGGUUCGGGGCAUGGCUUCGUAGCCGGCGCAUCGUGACCGGCAAUCCUCGCUGCCAUGGUCCUGCCUUCCUGCGGGAGAUCCCUCUGCAGGACGUGGCCGUGCUGGACUUCCGCUGCGAGGACGGUUCAGUUCUGGAGGACAGCAGCUGCUCUCCAGGCCCGCAGUGUCCCAGUCAGUGCACGUGCAUGGACACUGUGGUGCGCUGCAGCAACAAACACCUGCAGGCUCUGCCCAGAGGACUUCCCCGCAACCUCACCGAACUCUACCUGGACGGGAACCAGCUGACUCGGGUCCCCAAGGAGCUCGCCACAUUCAGGAAUCUGCAGCUUGUAGAUUUGAGCAACAACAAAAUCACCUCGCUGGCCGACGACUCCUUUGCCAACAUGAGCCAGCUCACCACCCUGAUCCUCAGUUACAAUUCUUUACGUUGUAUUCCUCCUCUGGCAUUGGGCGGCCUGCCCUCUCUCAGGCUGCUCUCUCUCCAUGGCAAUGACAUCUCGGAGCUGCAGAACGGCAUCUUCAACGAUGUGGCCUCCCUGUCUCACCUAGCAAUCGGGGCCAACCCUCUCUACUGUGACUGCCGUCUGCUCUGGCUGUCCGACUGGGUCAAGAGCGGCUACAAAGAGCCCGGAAUUGCGCGUUGUGCCGGCCCGCCUGGCAUGGAGGGGAAACUGCUCCUCACUACACCACCUGAUCUCUUCCAGUGUCUACGUCCUGUGGAGGCCAGUAUCCAGGCCAAAUGCAGCCCAUGUGUGUCCUCACCCUGUCAGAACCAGGGCCUCUGCCAAGACCAGCACACACAGUCCUACACAUGCACAUGCAAGGCCGGAUUCACGGGCAAACACUGUGAGACUCCAGUGGAUGCGUGUGUCAGUAAUCCUUGCACCAAUGGAGGAAGCUGUCUCAGUGACGAGCAGACCAGCGGCUUCAGUUGUGCAUGUGCGUUUGGGUUCCACGGCACAUUCUGUGAGGUCAAUGUAGACGACUGUCAGGACCACGGCUGUGAGAACGACGCCACCUGCGUGGACGGAGUGGGCAACUACACUUGUCUGUGUCCGCCCAACCGCACGGGUCUCUUCUGCGAGGAAGAGGAGGACGUCUGCGCCCCUGCUAGGAACCCCUGCCAGCAUCAGUCCACCUGCGUCGGCACCGCUACUGGACCCAGGUGCGUGUGCAUCCCGGGAUGGGUGGGGCCAGACUGCAGUAUAAACUACAACGAGUGUGUGGAUCAUCGCUGUCAGAAUGGCGCGCAGUGUGUCGACCACGUGGACGGAUACACGUGUGUGUGUCCUCAGGGAUACAGUGGUGAUUUCUGCCAGCUGGCCACGCCUCCUCCAUCACCCUGCCAGCUGACACGUUGCCAGAACGGCGCCCCCUGUGAGGAGAGAAUGGGAGUGGCGGUCUGCCAGUGUCUGCCGGGCUUCGAGGGUCCCAGCUGUGAGAAGCUGGUCAGCGUCAACUUUGUCAACAGAGACUCUUACGUCCAACUACAGGACGUCAAGAACUGGCCUCAAGCUAACAUCACGCUACAGGUGUCCACAGCAGAAGACAACGGCGUCUUGCUGUACAAUGGCGACAACGAGCCCAUCGCCGUGGAGCUGCAUCAAGGUCAUGUGAGGGUCACAUACGAUCCCGGGAACCAACCCACCACCGCCAUCUACAGCACAGAGACGGUCAACGACGGCCACUUUCACACCGUGGAGCUGGUGACCUUCAACCGCAUGGUCAAUUUGUCCGUGGACGGAGGAGAGCCCACCACGCUGGACAGUCAGGGGCGGAGCGAGGCGGCCAUGGCAGAGGCUCCCCUCUACGUGGGAGGUAUGCCUGAGGAGAUGAUUCCCGCUUCCCUGUCUCUAUCCUCGCUCGGCGCCAACAUGUCCAGCUUCCACGGAUGCAUCCGCAACCUUUACAUCAACCACGAGCUGCAGGACUUCACCCGUGGGCACAUGAAGGCGGGCGUGGUGCCGGGCUGCCACGCUUGCAGGAAGCUCUUCUGCCUGCACGGCGUCUGCCAGCCCAACGAAGCGCAGGGACCUCGGUGUCUCUGCCAGUCUGGUUGGAGCGGUCCGAACUGUGACCAGGCAAUCACAGGAGACCUGACAGGAGCAGUGGGCGUGGCUUCCGUGGGUCCGUGUGACGGCAGCAAGUGUGUGAACGGAGCGUGCGUGGCGUUGGACGCGCAGACGUACCGCUGCGCCUGCAAGGACGGAUACCACGGGGCGCUUUGCAACCUGCAGGGGGGGGCGGAGGUUUCCUGUCAGGGGCUGAAGUGCGUGCACGGACGCUGCCGGGACGACGAGGCCGGGGGACGACGCUGUGUCUGUGAGGACGGCUUCACCGGAGACGGCUGCGACACAGAGUCGGCGUGCCGAGGCGAUGCGGUCAGGGAUUACCACCGGCUGCAGCGCGGCACCGUUCUCUGCCAGACGUCCAAGCCUUUCUCCUGGGUGGAGUGCCGGGGCAGCUGCCAGGUGAGGGGCGAGCCGGGGGCCUCCUCCUCCUCCUGCUGUGCUCCUCUGAGGGUCCGACGCCGGCGCCUCACCUUUCAAUGUGACGACGGCAGCUCAUUGACGCAGGAUGUAGAGAAGCCGGUGGAGUGUGGAUGCAAGCAGUGUGUGUAGUACUGUCUCUCUCACACACACACACACACACACACACACACACACACACACACACACACACACACACACACACACAUGCAACAGAACCUCCAAAGUGGUGGACCUGCAAGUCCAAACUCAUUAUCAUGUACAUAGAAAAUGGUGUACAUAGAAAUAAUCUGUUCCAGGGUCAAACCGCGUUCACCGUCAAAUCUUUAUCUGAUGUCCAGCCAACGUUUUCAGUCACAUAUGAGCAUUCUGAACAAGUCAGACAAGUGUAAAAAGAAAUGACAUGUUAUAUAAUACAACUAGACACGCGAUGGAGGUACGCGACGUACACACUAAUAUUCAGCCAUCGAUGCUAUCGCUACAUGGUUAGUUCAUUUGGAGUCAAUAUUUAAUGACUAGUAUUGCUCAUGUUGUACUGAGCAGCCAGAGCGAGUUUUAUUCCCUGGUCUGUGGUUAUCGUCACAUAUCCCUUCUUUAUCAACACCGGUACCUCCUCACAGAAAAGCCAAAGAAAAAGGCAAAAGACAUUUACAUGCUGACUGAGCUGAUGUUUCAACUCCAAAUUUUGUUUGACUUUGAGGCUGAUUUUUUUUUUUUUUUUUUUUGGUUGAACUCUAAAUUGUGUCACUUUUUGCACGUUCCACUCUGGAGGUUAUGAAAGCCCCUUCCUGACAUUCAUUCAUAAUUAUCAGAUAAAACAUCCAAAUGUUGAGAAAAAAGUCAAAAUUAUGUGAUAAAAAUUUGGUCAAAUGAGAUAAACAUUAGAAAUUUAAGGCAAAAAAAUAUUAAAGUCAUAAUUUGGGUGUAACAAAUUGAAAUUAUGACACAAAAGUCAUAAUUCACAAGUUAUAAUAAUAAUAAAAAUAAACUCCAAAUUUGAGUCAUGAAAUAACAAAAAAAUUUAGACAAAAUGUGAAAUUGUGAGGAAAAAAAAUGCCAUAAUUAUGACAUAAAAACUCUAAAUUUGAGACAAAAUUCCAAAUUAUGAGAUAGGCAAGUCAGAUUUAUGAAAUGAAAAGUUCAAAUUUGAGACACAAAAGUCAUAAUUGUGAGAUUAAAAACUCCAAAUUUGAGUCAUGAGAUAACUCAAAAUUGUAGACAAAAUGUGAAAUUGUGAGGAAAAAAACGUCAUAAUUAUGAGAUAAAAACUCAAAAUUUGAGUCCAAAUUACGAGAUAGGCAAGUCAGAAUUAUGAGAUGAGAAGUCCAAAUUUGAGACACAAAAGUCAUAAUUAUGAGAUUAAAAACUCCAAAUUUGAGUCAUGAGAUUCCUCAUAAAAUAAAUAAAUAAUAAAUUGUAGACAAAAUGUGAAAUUAUGAGGAAAACAUCAUAAUUAGGAGAUAAAAACUCUAAAUUUGAGACCAAAUUCCAAAGUAUGAUAGGCAAGUCAGAAUUAUGAGAUGAAAAAUUCUAAUUUGAGACACAAAAGUCAUAAUUAUGAGAUUAAAAACUCCAAAUUUGAGUCAUGAGAUACCUCAUAAAAUAAAUAAUAAAUUAAUAAAUAAUAAAUUGUCGACAAAAUGUGAAAUUAUGAGGGAAAAAAAGUCAUAAUUAUGAGAUAAAAACUCCAAAUUACGAGAUAGACGAGUCAGAAUUAUGAGAGGAAAACUCCAAAUUUGAGACAAAAAGUCAUAAUUAUGAGGUAGAUUUUCACUUUGUAUCUCAUAAUUCCAACAUCUGGUUGGGAUAUGUAUUUUCUUUUCGUGGCAAAAAUGGGCUUCCAUAGGAUGUUCCACUCCCCCCCCCCCC